AUAGGUAUAAAUUCGGAAAAUUUGGAAAAUAAUUCAGUUCAAGUCUCGCUUAAGCUUCAAAAUGCGUCCUGCAAUAUUGAUUUUGAUUUGUCUUCCUCGGGAAUAAAAUAUUUUAUAAUAAUAGCAAUGCUCUCAAUUCUAACCAUAUCGAAGAUAAGUGCGGAGGAGGACCGUAAACGUCCUAAUUGGUGUCCGCAGGUGCCAGUAAGAAACAAGGAAGAAGUGGACUUAUUCGUGAAUCAAACGCUGCCUCUUCUGCACACAUGGACAAAUGAAUGCCCAGUGGACGAAGUAGGACUUGCGACUGCGAUAAGACUGGCUCUUAUCAAACACAACGAAGAGCAAUAUGGACCACCGACACAUAUUCAAAUGCGACUUGGAAGUUGGAAUACUCGAUACCCGAACUUCUAUCAAUUUUUAGAGUAUCUAGGACCGAUCAUUUUAACACAAAUUCCCAAACUGGCAGAAAGAAAGUGCUGGCCUCUCGAGUAUCCCAUAUCAUACCAAAUUAUGCACGUUCAUCCAUGCUUGUAAGUCUCAUUCAUCUGUUGCAUUUCAAUAUACAAGGUGAUUCAAUGAAACGGUACGAUUUGACAACGCUGCUGACGAUAAAAUAGAGGAACCGUGAGCUUGCGACGUAAACGAUGUGAAUCUAGAGAGUGGGAAGUUUAGUUAUCAUAAAGACGUAGUCGGGUGAACAACGCGUAUUUGCUGUGAAAGCUUAUUACAAAAAUGGUGAAAGUUUUGUGCUUGUACAACGAGCAUUUCGUUUACACUACCUUGGUUGAUCCUUCUAACAUGGCUAUUAAGACUUGGGUUAGGAACUUUGAAAGUAGUGCUUCAAUAUCACAGAAAAGAGGUGGCAGGGUCAGAACUGCUCGAACACCACAGAAUAGUCAAGCGGUACCAAAUUCAUUACAUGCGAGUCGUCGCAGGGAUCUUCGAGCACUCGCGUGUAAUUAAUUUGGAAUCGCUUCAAUAUGCUGUGGUAUGCGAGCAGUUCUGACACUGCCACCUCUUUUUUGUGAUGUUAAACCACUACUUUCGAAGUUCCUAACCCAAGUCUUGUAACUUGGUCUUGUAAACGGGGCGGCAAAUGGUAGUUUAAACGAAGUCCUCGUUGUACAUGCACAAAACUUUCACUAUUUUUGUAAUAAGCUUUCACAGCAAAUGCGCGUUGUUUACUAGACCACGUCUCCAUGAUAACUAAACUUCCCACUCUCCACUCUCCACUCUCUAGAUUUACAUCGCUUACGUCCCAAGGCCACGGUUCCCCUAUUUUAUCGUAAGCAGCGUUGUCAAAUCAUACCGCUUCACCGAAUCACCCUUUAUUUCGUACUUCAAAUAAAUGAAACAAGAAUU